AUGUUUUCGAAUGAAACACCAGCAAGACUGAACAAAGAAAUCACGUCUGGUGGCCACGACGGCAAAAAAAGAGCUGAAGAGGAUAAAGUUACAGCCCGCAUUGACCUCGUUUCGAACCCUACCUAUUUGUUUUCCGUUAUGAGGCUGUUCAUAAAAGUUUUUUCCUCAUGCCUGAACCAAGAAAAAGACUCUCCAGCUAGCAAUAAAUCCUUGAGUAGUGAUCUAAGCAACUCAGCAGCGUCUUUGGGAAGAUCCAGAUCGCUCACCAAGUCAUUUAUCUCUACCUGGGAGAACAAUAUUGAUCGUCGUAACGAGGUCCAGCAGAAAGUACCAGUAGGGUCAAGUGGAGCUCAGCUAAGAUGUGACUACGUGGACAUUAUGGGAGGUGACAAUUCGUCAUGGAUACAAGAGAACUGGUUGGUUGAGGCUUCUGAUGAAGAACAAGUUGGAGGGUCAAAUUCUGAGUCGGAGUUAGACGAGAUAACACAAAGUGAUAUAAUAGUGCUAGUGAAAUCGACGAAUUGUCCGCACACUCCAGUGAGUCUUCAGACAACGCGGACGACGGCUGUGCAGGGCAGUAUAAUACAUUCUAUUUUACCAGACAUAAUGGCAGAAACGGUCCUAAACAAAAAUGGUCAAAGUCUCCACCAACAAGCUCCGCAAGAACACGACAGACAUAAUAUAACUUUACACUUACCCGGUGUCAAGUCAUCAGCGAAAUCCGCAAAGACUGCUUGGAAUGUUUUAGUUUGUUUUUUUUGA